UCCUGAUUUAUAGUUUCAGUAACUCUGUGUUCCCAGUGUGGCAACACACUGUUGUUGGUUUGGCUUUAUAAGUCUGUUUCUUUCUUAUUAUUGCUAAAGCUGCCCAACAACAGAAGCAGGCAAAUCAACAGGAUUAUUGAUUUUUUUUUUUAAAAUGGCUAAUAUACAUGUUGUUUCCAACUCUGGGAAAAGUCACCACUCUCCAGACUUGAGGAUAGUGUUGAUAGGUGGAAGAGAAAUAUAUGGAGAGCCCAGUAAUAAGAGUGCGAGUGGCAACAUCAUACUGGGUAAAAGUGUUUUUGAUACCAACAGAAGAACUGCCCACAGUGUUGUGGGGCAACAGGAGGUACAUGGCAGACAAGUGACUGUGGUGGAUACUCCAGGCUGGUGGUGGCACUAUCCACUCGAAAACACCCCAAAGUUGGAUCAGAUAGAAAUCAUGAACAGUGUCUAUCUGUGUGCACCGGGGCCUCACGCCUUUCUUCUAGUCAUUCCUUUUGGUUUAACGUUUCCUCAGAUUUUUAAACUAUCACUCAAAGAGCACCUGAAACUUUUCCCUGAAGAAGUGUUAAAUCACACCAUUGUGUUGUUUACAAUAAAUACUCCAUAUAAUGGUCAAACCUUACAAUAUGAAAUCAAUGAGUGGCCAGUACUGAGGUGGAUUCUUGAACAAUGUGGAAACCGAAAACAUGUUCUUAAUAUCAGUAACAGGCAGGACAGCACUCAGGUUGUAACGCUUUUCAAGAAAAUAGAGGCAAUGGUUGCAGGAAAUGGUGGUGGUCACUGUUCUGUUGACAGUGCUACUGGGAAAGCUCUGAGAGAGGAGAUGCAAGCAAUGAAUGAAAGAGCAUCAAAGAGGUCUGAUAAAGUGCAGACACAAAGAAGGAAACUCAGAGCGCUGAUUGAAGAUGGCAAAACACCCCCGGCACAUUUAAGACUAGUGAUGGUUGGUGCACAGGGUUCGGCCAAAAGCUCUACAGGCAACAUCAUUCUGGGAAAAAAUGCAUUCACUUCUCACCACAGAAGCACAACAAAGUUCUGUGAAAAAAGCCACAGGAUGGUGGCAGAGAGGACGCUCACAGUGGUAGAUUCUCCUGGCUGGCUCUACAACCACACCUUGCAGGACACCUGUCAGACGGAUAAGCUUGAAAUACAGAACAGCAUGUAUCUGUGUCCUCCAGGACCCCAUGCAGUGCUCCUUGUGGUCAGCCUGGCAUCUGCUUUCAACAAAUCAUACCAGAGAGCAGUCCAGGAGCACAUGAGUCUGUUUACAGAUGAUGUCUGGAGGUAUACAAUUGUUGUGUUCACCAGAGGUGAAUGGCUGGGAGGGAAGACUGUGGAGGAGCGUAUAGAGAGUGAGAAAGGUCUGCAGUGGCUUGUGGAGAUGUGUUGGAACAGGUAUCAUGUCUUGAACACCAAGAACCACAGUGAUAAGACAAACAUAACAGAGCUCCUCGAGAAGAUUGAGGAAAUGUGGGCAGGAAACAAAGAUCCUCAUUAUGAAGUCGACCUGAGCCAUGCAGAGCAGAUGGAGACAAGGAAAGAGGCUGAAAACAAGAUGGCUACAAGGAUCACACAGACAACUCAAAGAACAACAAGAAUACUACAAGCGUUGUUUAAAGGAGAGUGGCAGCCAGUCCCUGACUUGAGGGUUGUACUUAUUGGCAGAAAAGAGUCAGGGAAGAGUAUGGCGGGAAACACAAUCCUUUUCGAAGAGCUAUUUGACACGUCUUGGAUGAAGAAGGAAUUCCAAGGCAAGGAAACAACCAUGAUGUGUGUAAAACACAAAGGAAAUGUUGCUGGAGUAAACAUCACAGUCGUUGAGGUACCGGGAUGGCUUACAGACACGAUGACGCCCGGCUGGCUCAGAGGUGAAGUUGUACGCAGUGUCUCCAUGUGUGCUCCGGGCCCCCAUGUUUUUUUCUUGGUUAUUCCCAUUUCCAAAGCGUUUACAGAGAAAGAUCGCAAAGCAGUGGUUGAGCUCCUGAUGCCAUUUGGUGAGAGCGUGUGGAGACACUGCAUGGUGCUGUUCACCUGGGGUGACUGGCUCAGUAACAGAUCCAUUGAGGAGCACAUCGCCGGAGAAGGAGAGGACCUCCAGUGGCUUGUGGAAAAGUGUAGGAACAGAUACCAUGUUGUCAGCUUAUAUGACAUUUCAGUCAUGGAGCUGUUCCAGAAAAUGACUGAAAUGACAACAUGGAACAGAGGCCACUGCUUCACUACUGAAGACAAACAGAAGAAAAAGAAGACACCAAUCUGGAGAGCUACACAGCCUGUGCUGACAGAGGAGGAGUGGAACAGGAGAGAGCAGGAGCUCAUUCACCAGAUGUUGAAAGCUGUUGCAGAAGAACCUGAGGAACCAACGCAGCCAUCUGUGAAGAUGGCCGCUAGCUUCGAUGGAGCUUUCAUUCCAAGCAUGAGUGGAGGUGCUCCCUCAGAAUUUGGCAACACAUUUUGGAGUCAAAGAGCACGUGCCAUGGUGUCUGAAUGGCUGAACACCAGAGCUGGGAACACUGAUGUCACCUCUGGGUUUGAUAGCAUGAGUAUCUCAGGCAGUUAUGUGGAGAGGCUGGAUGAAAAUCCUCUGACAGAUGAAGAUCAUCAACUAAUGAGAAUGAAAAUGAAGUUUGGCACUGUUCUCCAUACCUGGGCUUCCACAGAGACUGUAGAAACCCGACGCAGACACUCUUUAUAAACACAGCAGAUGAAGCACACAAGCAGUGUGAAGCUUCUGAUCAUUAACAUCCAUAAAUAUUGUUGAGGUUAUGUUCUGGUGAUAUUAUCACUUAUCUGAGUAGCUGUACAUUAAAUAUUUGAAUGUUAUGAAAUCAUGUCAAUACAGAAAUUAUAUUUGGACUGUUUAUGUGCAAUGGGUUAUUAUGGUUAUGUUACUGAAUUACACCAAAUUGGUUAUGUUUACGUCAAUUUACCUUCAUCUCCACCUGUGUGUUUUGACUAAGGUAUGUGUAUGUGUGUGUAUGACUAGACAUGGAGGUAAGCUGUUUAAAGUAUGUUUUACAAAGUUGUUUCUAGUAUGAUAUGUGAUGAUGUUUCUUUGUUUCAUAUUAAUUCAUAUUAAUUCACUGUUUGGUGAAGAUUCAAUUGCAGUGUAUUCACUUUAUUUUUAUUUUUGCUUGGUUAAAGUCAGGUACGGAGAUGUGUUUGUGUGUUUUGACUGUUCCUGUUUAUGUGCAGUUUUAGGACUUUUCAAAUUAAAGGAUAUAUGUCCCCUUCAGUACAUAUCUAAUAAAUACCAAGAAGUAUA